GGCCGGAGGAGGGGAGGACCGGCGGGGCGGGAGGAGGAGCGGCCCCCGGCGGGCUCACGUGGAGCGCGGCGGCGAACAAAGCUCCUCCGUCCGGCGGGAAGCGUGCCGCCGGCGGGCCCGGAGCGCGCGUUGUGCCGCGCGGCGGCGGAAGUUGCGUGGAGGGACCGACGGCGGCGCGGCUCCUCCGGUCGCGCGCGGAGCGGCGGGACGCGUUUGGGGCGCGCGGCUCUCGGCGAGCGCUGAGCGGCGUCGGCGGGCGCCGCGCUGACAGCCCGUCUCCGCAUUGGUAACUUUGAAACGGGGCGACCGGGGUAAGGCCGAGCCUGCUCCCUUCCCUCCCAUCAUGCUUUUGUGUCGCACGGCGAGUCGGCUGCGAGUUGUUAGCGAGAACGCGAUAAGGCGGGAGGGCGGAGCGGUUGGUUAAGAGCAGUCCCUGCGCUCUGCCGCCGGAAAGAACCGCCUUCUGAUAAGAAAGCGAUGCGGUUGCUUAAGCCGUAAUUAUGGGACGGAUGGGAACGCCUCUACUGAUUGAAUAACUCUUCUCGGGGAUUUGGGGCUUGGUAGCCUUAAAGGGAAGCCCUGUUAGCUUCGUGGCUCGUGUUACGCUUCUGAAUCGUUAAUGUAGUGAGUGCUUAACUCUUCUUUGGAUCAUAAGGAGCGGUAGUUUAGCUUAGUGAAACUGGGCAUCCAAGCCUUCUCGUCGCGGGAAAGCAAUGGGGAAAGUCUCUAGUCAGUUCACCGUAGUUUCUUUCCUUCUUAACGUGAGCAGUGAUUUCCUUGAACGAAAUGGCAAAGUGACUAAAAAACGCUGUGAUUUAAUCGAUUAAAUCAAAAUUUAAGCAUUUCUUUUUAUUUUUAACCGGGAAGCUGUAUUUAGAAAUGCACAAAAAAUGCUCCUGCUCUGUGGAAAGGAGUUGGAAGUGAUUCCAGUGACUUCUUGUAGAGAUUUUGGGAAUAUUAAGGUUUUUAUUUGUUUUUCUCAGAGGAGAUGAGAUGUGAGAGGAGGAAGGGCUUUUUAGGCUUUUACAUGAAGUCACAAUGUUGGACUUUUGCAGAUUUUUUCAGUAGCUCACAGUAGCUAAUGUGGUGAGUUCUGAAGUGAUAAAUGGGCUGAAUAAGAAAUUCACAGGAUUUUUUCCAUGGUUCGCUUGCUUUAAAGUUACUUGUGAGUAGGCAGAAUGGACAGUAAAUUUGUCUUUACAAAAACAUGAGAUCACUUCGGUGAGAGAGAGAUUAAGAAAGAGUGUUUUCCAGACUUUCUCUGUAAACAGUAAAUCUGAAAUCACUACUUUAUCUCAGGCUCAGAUCAUAUUCAAGAUUGGGAAUACUUCUCUAGGAAUUUAGUGAGGUUUUUGAGCUUCAGUGUACAGUACUCAAAACACAGUAUGUGAUGGUUGUUGAGUUAGCCUUAGUGUGAAAGUGUAAGCUUAUGUUCUGUAGUUAUUGUAGCUGUCUCUUCUGAAACAUCCAGGAGAUAGAGAUUUUUUUUUGUUCUCACCUGACUGUAGUUUGAAUAGCAUCACAAGUGUGAGUUCUGGCCUUUGCCUUGUACAUGGUUCUGCUCGUGAUAUAUGGAGUGCUUUGGUUACAAACGUGUUUUUACCUGUUAGAGGAAUUCUUUGCAGAAUGCUCUGUCUUCCAUCAUCCUGAGCACAGUAAAAUGUGCAAAACCUAUUUGAAGUUUGCUAUGUAAUGUCUUUCCGCUUCAGUUCUGCUGUAAAUAAGUUGCACUCCAGUUCCUACUGACAUCAGAACUGAUUCUUCAGUGCAACAGUUUGUAUGAAUGAAUUCUAAAAUGGUUAAUCUGCCAAACUGUUGAAGAGGAAAAUAGCUUUUAUGUAUAUCAGAACUGUUCUUAUUGUCUUUAUUUGCCUGUUUUGCAAAUGUGGAGAUAAUAUGCCUUAAAGUUUCUCCUGUAGCCAUAAAUCUCAGAGGUUUCUAAUGUACGUGUUACAUAAAAAAAUACUUCAGAACAAGGACUGGUUCAUGGCUUUUCAGCAGCAUGGGUACACUUUAUUUCAUCUGUUUGUACCUGCCUUACCUGGAAGAACAGUAAGCUCGCGCUGAGAGGGUAUGAGCAUGGUGGUUAUUUUUAAGCCAGUGGUGAGGCUAUCACAAGCUGUGAACAUCUCUUUCUGGCUCUGAGGAUUGGACCAAAUAUGGAUGAUUCCUUUGAAUAGGAAGUUGGCUGUGGUCAUGAAAUAAACUGGAGGGUUGCAGCUGCUGGAAGGCAAAUGCUUGUUUGUCUUUCUGUUCCUUAAAGUUGCUGUUCUGCUAUCCUGCAGUUAUCCAUCCCAUCUCUACACAUAGGCUAGGCAGUGUGCCAGAGGCUUAGUGACUGUUGGAGGGACUCUCAAAGGUUGAAUAUGCACAAUCUGUAUUUCAGUAGCCCAUACCAGGUCCAACCAACAGUUCCUCCCUGUGAGGAGGUUUGUAUUUUGGAGUUUUAUUUUUUUGUUUGUUUGUUUUAAAACCCAUUGCUUCUAGGAAUGUACUGCUUUUCUACAGCUUAUAUUUAUGACACUUCUGAUUGUUUCUCCAACUAAAAGUCUUAAGAGAAGCUAAUUAAACUUAACCAAAUGUGGAAGCUGUCAUUUUUUGGCUGGCAGAAUUGUUAACUGAUAUGACAAAGGAUGAUCGAAAUACUGUGUUUCAUUAUCUAUGAAGUAGGAAAAUUAGAAUAUAUUUUAUAUUAGAUGCAGCUAUGAACAGCUAUGCUUGCAGCCUUAGGUAUAUGAGUAUCUGCAUAUUUGUGUAUGUAGUGUUAAAGUGAAUAUUUUCAUCCAUUUUCUUUUUAUGGAGUAAUGCUUUCUCACAAACCGUCUUGAUGAAACACUGGUGUUACCUUUCUUUCUCCCCUGGAGAACACACAGUUUGAAUUUUAACUUUUUGGGUAUUGGAACGCUUUCAUUAGAGAUUGUUUGGUCAGUCUACUGUAAAGCAAGUUUUUGUCUGCACCAAAAGGUGUGUUUGUGGUUGAAGAGGUUUGAGGAUAACUUGGUUAAUGGUCUGUGCAUUAGGUCACAGUUUGGUACAUGGAACAACCAGUGUGCAGUGUCUACCAUCACAGCAAAUGUGUGCAGAUAAUGUUUUAAUUUCGUUCUGUGGUUGGUGGCAUUCUUACAUUUCUAAGAUUAUUUCAUAUUUCUUCACUUCUGUGGUAUCAAGUAGAAUACUGAAGGAGUCUUCUAGAAUCAGUUUUCUGAAGCCAAAUGCUGUGGUAAACUGCAGUAUCUGAUCACUUCUGCGAGGCACUAGCAGUAACGUCUGUCUUAGUGCACUUGAUGUAAGGAUUGGCGAGCUCCCACUAAAAUGCACUUGCUCUGUCUUUAAGUACCACUUAACUGUGAAUCUUCCUUCAGAAGUACUAUCUGUGAGUUAGUUAACUUGGCUGAUGCUCCUAGUGUUUGGAAUUAUUGCUGGCAUCAAGUGAGUUAACACUUGUAUUCCUGCUUGGCUUUUGUUUGACUGGCAGCAACAACAAAGAUGGAUCCAUAUGUUGGUGGAUUUCAAGUCUUCACAUAAGUCCAUCCAUACCUUUAGCAGCAACACAGUGCUGCAGCAGUGAAUGCUUCUUUCUACCUUCGGCGUUCCACGGGAGAAGUGGAGAACUUGAAAUGGAACUGAGCCAUAGUGAUACUCAGUGCUUGUGUUCUCAGGACAGAUGAGCAGUGUUAAUUGGACUGCUUGAACAAAUUACUUGGGUGAUUGUAAAGAUCCAGGAAGGAGAGGAGGAAAUACUCUGCUUUCUAUACAGCUACUGAGUAAGUGCUUCUGUGCAGUUUCGCUUUUCUUGAAUGUUCUUAGUUUGCUACUUGUGACGCAAAAGGUGGUGGCCCCUGAGGGUGGGUAAGUGUAACAAAAGGUAAUUGCAAGUCCCCUGAAUUGAAGAAAAGCUGUCUGUUAGGUCUGAACUCCCUAGGAUUUCAAGAUGUUGCCAAAUUAAGAUAUCUCAGCAAGGAGGGUAAAGUAUAUCCUUCUCUCUGGGUCAAUAUAAUUGUGAUUUUUUUCAGUAUAGAUUUUCAUGCUCACAUCUGGCUUUUCCCUCUUUCAUGGCAAAUAGUUUCUGUUACAUUUUGUCUGUCACUAUCAGCAUCAAGGAAACCUUCUCACAUCCCUUCUUCUAUUCUUGGCUGUGUUUUUCUAGCUUGUUUUAGCUAUCUUGAAAGUGAUCACUGAGUCAGAACCGUGAAAGCAAGUGAACAGUAAUUGGAACUGCUUACUCCCCAUCUGUCUUACUACUUCUCAAGUGGCAUCUAAUGCCUUGUUCUACAAAUACCAUAGGAGAUUUUCUGCAAAAUACAGUGGUGCUCAAAACAGUUUCAAUUGUCAUGAUAAAAACCUUCGUAAGCUCUUUAUUUUUACACUGCUUCCCAAAAGUAAAGCAUUUCUGGUGCAAGAUUUAUAAGAGGUCUUUGACCUAUGCUGAUAAAAUACUGUUAUUCAAAGUGAAAAGGAUCUUGAGGGCUGUGUUUUUACAUCUUAGCUUUCACAUAAUGUUUUUCUAAGAGUAUGCUUCUGUGAGGCAAAACAUGUCUGAAUGGUCAUGUUACUUUCUUUGUCUUUCUGAUUUGCUUUUAAAUCAAUGUCUGAACAUUUGUAAGCUGAAAUUGCUUCUUACAGAAACUCAGCUUUUCAUAGCUACUAAAAGAGCAUAUGGUAUCAUAAAUACUUUAUCUGAUCUUCAAAAUAAAAGAACAGCAGACUUUUAAUGGGGGGCUCAGUUCUGUAUUGUUUAACAAGAGCAUGGGUAUGGUUCUGUGCAAUCUUUUGCAUGUUUCCAUUGAAGUAAAUCCAUAAAAUGCUAUGUGAGCCUGUGGGUUGCAUAAUUCUAAUAUGUUGUAUUAGCUUUAUGUGUGAGUGUCUGUAUGAAUUUUGCCAUCCUUUUUCCUUCCACGGCUGAAAGGCCUUAGCUUUUCCCAGUUGUCACUGUCUUUGCAAGGUCUUUUUAGUUCAUCUCCUGCAUGCCUACAGUUUAAGUCCAGCUCCUUGGGCGUGUUCAGGAUGUUAGUAAGAAACAUAAAGAUGUCUUCCUGGUUUCUUUAGCAUCAGAGAAGUGAUUGCAGCAAGUCCUGCUGUGUUGCCAUAGCAUUGGCUGAAGUAUGCUCAUUCAUCUUGUGGGAAUGUUGCAUGUGCAGUGUAGCAAUGGGACAGGAACUUCAAGUUAGUAGUGUAUGCUGAACACGGAUCUAGUUUAUGGGGGAAAAGUAAAUAGAAUGACUAACAAAGUUUGAGUAAAUGUAGACUCUUUUUUUCCAGGUUUUUGACAUGGCUGGGUUUGGAAGAGUUGCUUGUGUGGCAAGAAUAUACUUGGCCUCAGUGACCUACUGCCACGUAUCUACUCUCUGGUGGAAAGCAUGAAAAUAUUGAUGUUUCCAAGCGGGUAGAAAAAAAGCAUUUUUUAACUGUUCUUGGAAAUGACUGAGCCAUUUCUGCUGGCUGUGACUACUUUUUAAGAAGAUGAGGAACAAAAAGCAGUGCAUUCAAGAUACAGAAGGUCAAAAGCAUGAAGGCAUGGAAGGUGAAGAAAUGGAAGAAAGCUGUUCCUGUUCUACUUUAUUACACGAUGGUGACACAUGCCCCAUCUGUCUGAACUGCCUUCUGGAACAAGAGAUUGGUUUUCCUGAGAACUGUAGUCAUACUUUCUGCAUGACUUGUAUUCUUAAAUGGGCUGAGACACAAGCUUCAUGUCCUAUUGAUCGCAGACCAUUUCGAGCAGUAUGUCAGCUUGGUGCAUUAGAAGAUCAGAUAAAGAUUCAGGUAGAAAAACAGCAAAAGGAAAAGAAAGAGGAGGAACACUGUACCUGGAAUAAGGAAAAAUAUAGCCAUGCAAAGAUGAGAAGAUUUCUGAGAAGAGCUGUAUGUUCAGACAGAAAGUCCUUAGCAGCAAAAUUGAGGAAAGUUGUGAAGAAGAAAUGCAGUAAUAUUUUGUCUGACAAACAAAACAAGAAAGCCCUGUCUGUGAAGGUAAGCAAGACCAGAAGACAAACCUGCUGGAAUGAGUGCUUCAGGACUAGUUUCUAUAGUACACUUCCAGCCAGUGGUAGCAAUGAAGAAUCCUUUCUUAGCUGUAGAAAUGACUGUACAGAAUUCACAGACGUCAAUGCAAUGAUCAGGCAGAAGAGACAAGAACUGGAAUUGUCCUGUUCAUCAGUGCUUGCUAGAGUUGAAAGAAUUCCUUUAGUGUCUUAUGGAGCUGAAGCUGAGACCUUUCUGCUCACUUCUACUACAGUGGCAAGGACAGUUCUUCCAACAAAUAUCGGGCCUUUGGAAAACUUUGAAUCUUUAGGGAAAGGAUAUGCUGUUGCAUGUGCCCAAGAAGGAGAAGAGAAAAAGCAAGCAUCAGGUUCAUCUGGCACUAGGGGAGGUAGAAGGAAGUCUGUUAAUGCUACUCCUAGAAGAAGGUCUGCACGGAACACCAAAAACGAGACUCUGAGUCAGUCUCGGAGCUCACCUUGGUCAAGCAGUUCUGGGUGCAGUGCCCCUGAUGGCAAUAAUCCACCUCUGAAUAAAUGCUCUUCAGAAUCAGAGAAUGUUCUCCCAAAACGAAAAACAAAAAGAAUAGGUAAACAACGAACAGCUCUGGCUAAAAAGAAACUGAGAAGUUCUGCACGUUCUGAAAAAUCAUCCAGUGAUUCAGUGGAGGAGGAGGAGGAGGAGGAGGAUGAUGAUGCUGAGUCUGAAGUGGUUCUAACAGUAGAUAAAGACCAGCAGUCAGAUAACGAAAGCAGUAGUGCAAAUCUUUCACAGAAAAAUGAUGCAGAAACAGAAUCUGCUAAUGGAUUAGAAAGCUGUAAUGAGCAUGCAGAGAUUGAGGAAACUACAGGAGAAUGUGAGGAAGAUACUUCAGGCAAUGGAGAUGUAAGUUUUUCUGUCCAAGAAUCUACAGUAUUGACUUCAGGAGGAGAAAGUCAGGAAUUUGGAAUAAAAGAUCUUAAUCAAAAAAACAUAGAACUCGAGAAUCAGGAUGCCUGUAAAAGUACUCUUGAACAAAUGGAAACAGUGUCUAGUCCCAGAGAUAAACUGUGUGACCAUGCAACAUUUGAAACUUUACACGAGACGUUGUGUAGUCCUCAGGAAGAAUUACUUGAGAAUAUAAAUACAAAAAUACAUCAACCAAUAACUGGUCCAGAAGAUGAAUUACUGCAACAUCCGGAGCCUUUGGAACAAGAUCAGCCAUUAGAGAGCCCCAAAAGCAAACUGCAUGAGCAUACAGAAACCAUAGAAAUCGAUGCUAAGGCAGAUGAAAAGACAGUACUGGACUGUGCAAGUACAAAUACUCAAAACUUUAAAAGUGGUAAAGACGAGGAACCAGAUAGGUUAAUAUGCAAUACUUCUACAGAUGCAUCAGAGCAAGCCUUAAAAGAAAGCCCUGUGCCAGAGGGUGAAGAGAACAGAACUUCAGAGUCACUGACAAUAAAUGCUGAACAUAAGCAUUUUGGUGAGGAUAACAAUGAAAUGAUACCAAUGGAUUGUGACUCAUUUUGCAGUGACCAGAAUGAACCUCAGAUUGAACAGUUGCCACCAGCUGAAAGCAUAGAGCAGGGAAAGAUGGAUUCCUUACAGUGUGAUACAGCAAACUCUGCAUCAGUUUCAGGAUUGUCUGAUGAAAAAGAUGAAACUAUUCACCAAGAAGGAGAGUGUCAGUCAGAACCCAAAAAGGACAAAAAGACUCGAACGAGACGGUCUCGAUUUCAUUCACCAUCAACAACUUGGUCUCCUUCUAGGAAAGACGGCAGGAAAUCUCAGUCACCAUCUCCUAAAAGGGAGAUGACCAGGGAGAGGAGUUCCAGAUCACCCAAGAAGGAAACUGUUGGGGAGGGAAGGAGAUCCUUAUCUCAGUCUCCAAAAAGAGAGACGCUCAAAGAUGAGAGAAAAACACCAUCUCGAUCUCCCAAGAGGGAAACUGUCAAGGAAAGCAGGAGGUCAUCUUCUCGGUCAAGAACAAGGGAUUCAUCUCCGAGACAAAAAUCUAGAUCUCGAAGCAGCGAUAGAGAUUGUCAGAGAAGAGAUCGUGACAGAGAGAGAAGAAAUAGAAGAUGGUCUAGGUCCCGGUCCAGGUCCCGGUCACGAUCUAGGUCAAGAUCACAGUCAAGGACGAGAAAUAAAGGUUCUUCAUUCUCUAGAAAUGAGAGGGAUGGUCAUUCACCUCGUUGGAAAGACAGAUGGGCGAAUGACAACUGGAGGAGUCCCAGAGGGAAUGAUCGAUACAGAAGAAGUGAUCAAGAGAAACAGAAUGAAAGUCUAAAGGAGAAGGACAAUAUGGAAAAAACCAGUGAUGCUCAGUGUUCUCCAGACAAGCGGAGGAAUGAUUGUCCAGACUGGGUAAUGGAAAGGAUAAAAUCCAUUCCUGAGGUCAAGAACAGAGACAGACCUCAUUGGGAAGACAGCAGACAUGAUAAUUCAGGACAGUCUUGGAAUAAAAACUUUGGUUCAGGUUGGUUUCCAAAUAGGGGGAGAGGUCAUCGUGGCAGAGGUGGGCGUGGAAGAGGUGGUUUCACAUAUGGAGACCAGAGUGAAAAUCACUGGCAGAGUAGAAAACCUCUCUCAGGGAACUCGAAUGGUUCUGGGAAUGAAGCUACAAGGUUCUCAGAGCAGCAGCCAUACAAGCGUAAGAAUGAACAGGAUUCUUUUGAUACGCCUGCUGAUAGAUCUGGGUGGACGUCUGCAUCCAGCUGGGCUGUAAGAAAGACUUUACCUGCUGACGUGCAGAAUUAUUACUCAAGAAGAGGACGAAACUCAUCAAGCCCACAGUCUGGAUGGGGAGCUAGACAAGAAGAAGAGACACUUGAACAAGAUCCAAACCUCAAAGACCAAGGCAACCAGCAAAGUGAUGGUUCUCAGUUACCAGUAAAUAUGAUGCAGCAACAAAUGAAUGUAAUGCCGCAAGUGAAUGCACAGCACCAGCCUAUGAAUAUGUUUCCAUAUCCCGUGGGUGUCCCUCCUCCUAUGAUGAAUAUGCAACGAAAUCCUUUUAACAUCCCCCCUCCAGUGCCCAUCCAUCUCCAUACCGGAGUGCCUCUCAUACAGGUAGCUGCUCCCACAAAUUUGUCUCAGGGAUUACCUCCGCCUCCACCUCCUCCCCCACCAUCUCAACAAGUCAGCUACAUUGCUUCACAGCAAGAUGGAAAACAAUUGCAGGGUGUUCCAAAUGCUGCUCAUGCAAGUAAUAACAUGAGCACUCCAGCCUUGCCUGUUCCAGCAGCAGUUCUGGGAAAUGUGGGAACUGUUCAGGGACCAACUUCUGGCAAUGCGACGUCAUCGAGUCACAUCAAGGGCUCUAAUGCAACUGUAAAACUGGGAGAAAACAAAGCAAGUGUAACAGUGGAAGCCAGUGCAGAUAGCUCGAAGAAGGACCAGAAAUUGCUAAUUCAAGAAAAAGCAGCACAAGAAGUCAAACUAGCUAUUAAGCCUUUCUACCAAAAUAAAGACAUCACUAAGGAAGAAUAUAAAGAAAUUGUGCGGAAAGCUGUAGAUAAAGUUUGUCAUAGCAAGAGUGGAGAAGUUAAUUCUGCAAAAGUGGCCAAUCUAGUGAGAGCGUAUGUAGACAAAUACAAACACUCACGGAAAAAGAACGCGGAAGAGGCGGUCUCCUGUGAAAGGAAAUGAUGUCAUUUCAGUUUUUAAUUUUAUUCUCUCUGCAAAGUGCAAUUUCAUCAUGAACCGUUAGCUGAAAAUUGUACACAGCCAUGCUUUGAAUCUGGUUUUGAUAAAAUUAUUUUUCAAUGUAGUAUAUAAUGUUUUGUUCUAAAGAAAUACAGAGCUGCAGGGCGAUUUCUUUAUUCCUUUUUAAGAGCAGAUGCCUAAAAAAGGAAAAGGUGUAAAGAAGAAUCAUUAGGGAUGUACGAUUGUGUGGAUACUUAGAUGUACAGCUUUUUGACUUGAAUGACAGUGCAUUAAAUUAGAAAUUUGUCUGAAUACGUUGAUUUUUGGAACAGGUAUGUACAGUACAUCUAAUUGGUCAGAUGAAGGGGGAAUUUUUUGUUUUGAUUUCUUGAUGAUAGCAAAGAUGAAAUAAUGUAUUGCCUUGACAGAUACUUUGAGUGUUAACUGGACAGGCUGACCACAGGGCUCACAGCGUGUAUAUAGAAAGCACAUGGAGUUGUCUGAACAGAAGAACUGUUUGGAUUUUAAAAAGAAAAAUCACAAACAGUAGAACUCGGUGCCCCAACUCAAGGGCACUGCCUGUUGUAACACCAAAUAAAAGUUAUGCUGCUUGGUUUUG